AUGGCGGAUCCUUCCACACGGCACUGGCCUGCCAGCCUGCUCAAGGCCCAGAAACGGAAGAAGCAACCCAAGGGAGCAGCGGGGCCGAGUGUUCCCCCGGCAGAGGAGGAGGAUCCCAGGGUGAAGUGCAAAGACUGCGGAGCCUUUGGGCACCACGCGAGAAGCCUGAGGUGCCCCAUGAAGCGUUGGCAAGGGGCCCUUGCCCCCCAGCCCUUGGGCUCCAGAAAGCUGAAGGAGAACCUGGAACCACGGCCUCAGCAGGUCCCGCCCAUCCCGCGGCCCUCCAGCCAGGCGGAGAGAGAGAGGGAGCAAAGACAAAGGCAAGACGAGCAGCGGAGGAAGGCUCUGGUGCAGAGGUUUCCCAGGAGACCCCAAGGGAGGCAGCAGCCGAGCUGGAAGGAAGGGACAGAGUCCUGUGACUACGUGAGGCCUCCCCCAUGUUCGGCGGACGAGGCACCCCAAGUCGCCACGAAGGCUCCUCCCGACCUGCAAGGCAGUGGCCUCCAGCCUGGCCACAACGCGCCUCCCCUGAGCGCUGUGCAGCCCUGCACUGUGCCCCAUCGUCCACCACUGCACCACGUUCCAGGCCAGCCCCUCAGAAUGCUCUUCACGAGAUCAGACAAAGGCUGGUGGAGCUCCAGGUUCCUGACAGCCCCCUCCUUCCAUCCUGCUGAGAAGACAAGCCGUCCUGUGGAAAGCCCUCCCAUCUUACAGCAGUCCGAGGGACAGCGUUCCCGGGUCCCACCGAGUGUCCUCUACGAGGACCUUCAGGUUUCCUCUUCCUCUGAAGAGAGCGUUUGGGAGGGAGACGCCUCACGGCCAUGA